GGGUUCCAGGCGCGGCGACCCGCCUCGAACUGAUCCCGAACGGCCCACAUGCAUGAGGUCCUGCAGUUCUGCAUCCAGGCGCAUCACACCCGUGUAUUGCCUGUGGCCGCCCUGCUUGCCCACUCUCCGCUCCCGGAAAAAAUGUUCUGGUCCUGCUGCACCCGAGCUCCUAAGCAGGACCCUGACCAAGACCGAGUGGUGGACACGAAACACUUGUCCUGCCCGCGAUGCCGUCGGUUGCUCAUCGUCCCCAACGUCGACACUUUCAGGUGUCAUUGCUCGCUGGUGUUCAGCAAGGUGAGAGAUUCUGUGGGAGGCACGAUGCAGCUGUGCUUCAGCCUCAGCGAGCAGGAGCUUCACGGGCAGGGAUAUGGCCUGCCCCGAGAGCUGGUGGAACGGUUGCCUGUAACCGUCGUGACCGAAGAGAUGUGCCCGAAGAAAAACCAUCAAGCGGUCGACGCCAACGGAGAACAAGCGCCGAAAGCUGAGCCAAUCGACGACGACAGCACGACCUGCCGAAUCUGUCUAUCGGAUUACCAGCCAGGGGACAAGGUGCGCAUCCUCCCCUGCUUCCACCGGUUUCACGUGAGCGAGAUCGACGACUGGUUGAACCGGGACGUUUGCUGCCCGCUUUGCCAUCUGGACAUCAGCAAGGCUGUCACAGGCUCUUCCAGCGUGGCGUUCGUUAGCGUCAUUGAGGGAAACCCUCGACCCGUCAUCGAGCGGACGAGAAGGAGAUAGACUUGGCUUGACGAAACGAGUGCAUCGUCGCGCAUCGUCUCGCAUCACGGUUAGCUCGCGGCAGACAGAAAUAGGACAUGAUACUAUUGGGACAUGGCAUGCGGGCGGGCGUCAACUCCCCACUUAUGCGGGCUGCGCGGAGGGAGCUAGCAGCCCUUUCGAAGCCUCUUAUGAACGGUCUGACUGGCUUAGCUUACUGCCGAAAGGGGCUGGCGCAGCAUGGUGUCACGCCUCCUUGUCCUCCUGCGGGCAAACCCGGAGGAGGACAUGAGGCGUAACGGGCGGUCACAUUGCUAUCUUAACCAGGGUGCGCUAUCGGGUUGUCUUUUGGUGGAUCCCUCUGGGGAGACCUUGGACGAGAGCGGCACGCCUUGUUGUUGGCGAAAAUUGGAACAGUUCCUGGAUUUGAUGUCUGUUUUUUGCUUAUUUCUCUUUGCUGGUUCUGCUUUAUUCUCUUAUUAUGUUUUGCUGCGAUUUGGAGGGGUUUACAGAUUGCUAAGAACCCCACGUUUUGCGCAUGGCUCUCGCGUCUUGUCUUAUUUCCUCUCCGGGGUAACCCAUGAAAAAAUGCGACUACGUACGCAUAUACAAGAGUUAUAGGGUGGGAUUCUUAACUGAAUACCUACUCUUGUAUACCAUCAUCAGCAGAUAGUAAUAGUGGUCAAGCACUCCCUUUGUUUUCGCAUGAAGGUUUUUACCCCCUCACAGGUUGUCGAGUGGUGGCACGUGAGGCUUUCGCCAUGCGUUAGUGUUGCUGGCUGAAUAACGCUCCCCGUUCGCGUUUUUGCCGCCUCUGUUUUCAAAAAAGGUGCAGGUCCAGGAAGCGUUUUCUCCGCGAUGGUUAUUUACGUAGUACUUAUCGCAGUGUUUUUUUCAUGCUUUUUCGGAACCGAGGGUAUCUUGGCCGUUUAGGCGACAACCUUUGUGUUGUUUUUUUGCGGUGUUUGAUCAUGCCCCUACCGCGGCCAUUUCUCUCUCCCCUUACUACAAUAGUAUAUAUAUUGAAGUAUGCCCCGGCCUUGUGGUACUGACGGCAUUGACGGGAACGAUGCUCGCGUCUGACCUGUGCGCGGGAAAGGAAGUAGAACGCCAUGUUCGUUGUCAUUGGCUACGGUGAGAUAGCAAUAAUAUUGAGACUGGAGCAUGGGAUCUUAUUACGAUAUUCAACUGAAACUGCAGUGUAGAACUUACUGUAGGGUUGAGAGUGAAUUGAGCAGUACAUUGUAGUACCCUGCAGAAAAAGCGGCCACGCGACCGGACGCUGCGGCUCGCGGAUGUGCGGGCACCCACGGCCCUGUUGUAAGUAGGUCUAGGUGUUCCCGCUUGAGACAGGCGUGUUUGUGAGGUUGUUAGAGGAGCUCCUAACAGCCGUGGUCGUCUGUCCCUCUGUCUGCGUUGGUCGGUGGAAGAUGUGGUAUGUGGAGAGGUUUUAAGGGUGUGUAUGGCUGGUCAUUUUGCUUGCAUGGUCACGCACAGCUACCUCUCGUGCCACAGUUUGAGCGAUGUCGACUUUUCAGUGGGGGUGCCGCUAUCCUAACGGGUGUUGUAAAUUGUGGCACGCUCCAGUUCCCCUUUCGUCCCGUCGUAUCAUUCUUGUAGAGGUCGGCGUGGUGGGUAACCGGUCGUGAAUGAGGGUAUAUGUUGCCACCAAACUGAACGGACAGGUAGCAGGUCGAGGGAACGAGGUCACGGAUGGCCGCAUGACUAGACACCUUUUUAGUCGGGUGGUGUAGCGACAGAGAGACUGACGCGCUUUCUUUGCAUCUAUGAUACUUGCACGCUUUUUUUGCUGAGUGUACAUUGGAUGUGCCUUCCUUAGAGUGCAGCGGUAUUUCUCUGGAUACACAUGAGCGCCCAUAGCUCUCGGCCAGUAGCGUUGUGAACAUUUGCUGGCGUGCAGCGGAGGGGGGCAUAUUUUUAUGAGCACCAACAUAAGGCGAGACUGCCGUACCUUGGUUGAAGUUUGUUGUGGGGUUGACAUUGGUUGAAUUUUUUUUUUCAUCGUGAGAAGUCAUUGUUGUGGUGUAUGCUUUUUCGGAGUGGAGGGUUCCAGGUGCCUGUGCACAUGAAAUAUAUCGGUUGCAUCAUCUCUCUGUAUCGCCCAUGCGGUGUAGGUGUUGUCUACGGCCGGAGUUUAGUGUUUACAUGUUCGUUUAUGGACACCUGAGACCCUUGCUUCUUUGUAUACAUAAGAGGGGUCAACGGCACGUGUUGCUCACUAGGCAGGAAUCGCAUCGUGCACCAGCGGAUGUGUGUGUGUGCUUUUAUUAUUAGCAUCGACCGCGCUAACCGGCUGACCAAUGAAAAGACGUCAGUCUCAGUGUGUGUGUGUGAUAGCCUGCCUGCUCUCUGCUCAUUUACCAGGGGGAGCAGUACUCUUGCUACUUGUGUUGGAAUCUCUGUGCGGUGCAUGGAAAAUGUGUGUGUAUGUGUGUUGUGUCCCGAUAAGGUGUCGAUAAGGUGUCAGGUUUUAGGGCAGUGGUCCUUGCUCCGCAGGAACAUGCUUAUUGUGGCCAAUGAUGAGGAGAAGCAACAACGUCCCGCGUAAACGAGAACAUGAACUGCAUGUGAUCCGUUUCUCUUUUUUUUUUUUUUUUGCU